AUGCAGCAUCCAAAUCCCAGUCAGAAAGUAAAAAUAAAUAAGUCUCUGAGCCGUAGUCAUCUAUCGCUCGAUAUGAUACGUAAAUUUAUACAUCACAUACAAUCAUUGAUAUUAGUCUUUAUCCAGGACACCGUGAAGGCCAUCACAGACAAAAAAAAAAAAAAGAUCAGAGAGGAAUGUUAUAAAACACAUAUGGAAAAAAGACUUAUUUCAUUUCUCCAUAUAAGAUUGUACUUCUCAAGCAACGGAGGUGUCAAUCUUGUUGCAAAGCAAGAUUACUUAGUAGAUGACGAUUUCUUUAUGGGCGUUGCAUAUCUUAUGGCAGAACUGAGUAAGGAUCCAUGUACCCAGCUUGGGGCUUGUAUUGUUGAUGAACGUGGACAUAUUGUAAGUACCGGUUAUAAUGGAAUGCCAUUUGGUUGUAAUGAUGACGAAUUUCCAUGGGGAAAACACAAUGAAGAUCCAUUACAAAACAAGAGUACCUUUGUAUGUCACGCUGAAGCUAAUGCAAUUUUAAACAAGCAUUCACAUGAUUUGGAAAAUUGUACUAUGUACCUCAAACUUUUCCCGUGCAGUGAAUGUGCAAAAUUGAUUGUACAAGCGCGUAUUAAAAAAAUUAUCUACACCUAUGAUGAACCUGAGAAAACAAAUUCUGAAGCUUCCAAAAUUAUGUUUGAUGCUGCGUUUAUUGAAUACAGUGUAAAUGGUUUUAAUAAUAACGAGAAAUGUUGUCCGCCGCAAGAGAUAUUUUCUGUAAAAGAGAGCUCCAGGUGUUUUAUUUCAAACAAUGAAAAUUCACCGGGCUAUUACGAUGCGAGAAACGAAGAUUGGGAAAUAAAAUACUUGAAAGAAUGUUUCAAUGUUACCUCACGAAAAUCCAGUCUCAAUUCAACGAUAGCGUCAUCGAUUACUUGUAUCGAUUUUUUGCGUAAUAAAGAUCUGUUAGAUGCUUCAUUUAUUUAUUAUUGUAAACAAGAUAGUAAAAAUAAUGGAGCUUCACGAGUUAUGAAUAUGAGAAAAUGUUGUCCCAUAGGACAACGAUAUGAUACUGAAAUUCGAGAAUGUAUAGAAUUUACAUCAGGCGAUUCAAGUAUUUUAAAAGUUUUAAAUAGCUUUAAUGUCAACGUCAACUUCUUAUCGAUUAUCAAAGGUUUUCCUAUUUGUAAAUACUCUAUAAUUGACUACAUAAUUAGCCGCGACGAUCAACUAUCUUUCGAUAAUAACACUAUUAAGAUAUCAAUUUCAUCAAAUACUGGAGCUGGCGAAAUUUCUAUCAACGAAGACAAUUCAUGCCUUGACUUUGGAUCAUCUCAAGAUACUUUUGUAUUAAGAACAUGCAGUAGUUCUGAAUAUUGCAAGCAAAAUGCUUGUUUACGAAAAUGUUGUCUAGAAGACGAAGCUUGGAUUAAUCAUCAAUGCAGAAAAAUAUCUUCUUUUGGAGGUUCCCAUGCACAUUUUCAUUCUAUGUUAAAAAAUGUUAUGGAUACUACUCUUUCUAAUACAACUUCAUUGGACGUUUUAAAUUCUACAGGCUAUGGUCUUAUGAUUGGACAGCAAUUCUGCAAUGAUAGUAUGUACUCAAUAAGACCAGAAGAAAACUGGUCUAUUACUUCUCGGGGGUAUAUUUAUGUACCAGAACAGGGUGAAUACAGCUUGGAUGAAUACUGUUUAGAAAUGGUUUAUGAAAGUAAAGAUUAUAGUGAUGGUUUAUAUCCAUGUUUGUGUUUCGAUGGUUAUGCGGGACCAAGCGAAGAAAUAAGCUCCCAACGAUUUACAGUGAAUGCAGUAUUAGAGUUGAUAAGUUGCACUUUCCUCUUAUUAACAUUCUUGGUUUACUUAUGCUUACCAUUGCUGCAGAAUCUUCAUGGAAAAACUUUAAUGUGCCAUUUAGCAAGCCUUUUUAUUGCAUUUGCUUGUCAUGCCACCAUCACUUUAUCGUCGUUACAAGACUCAACCGAUGGUGACUUUAUAAUAAAUAAACCAAUGUGUAAGGCUCUUGGUUAUGCAAUGGCUGUGUCAUUCCUCGCGAGUUUUUCUUGGCUAACUAUCAUGUGUUUUGAUAUUUGGUGGACGUUUGGUGGAUGUAGCGGAGCAGCUUAUGUAUCAAGUAGAAAAAAAGCUCGUAAAAAACGAUUUUUUUUUUAUUCUUGUUUCGCUUGGGGACUUCCAAUGAUUAUGUUAAUAGUUAUGAUAACCAUAGAUAGGACUAAAAGUAUACCCGAAGAUUUACGUCCUAAUAUAGGAGUUUAUUCAUGCUGGUUUGAUAAUCGUCUGAAUAGUUAUGGCGAAGUAAUAUUUUUUUUUGGGCCAGUUACUUUCUUGCUGAUAGUCAAUGUUAUUUUUUUUAUAAUGACUUUGAAAAAUUGUAAUCGUGUUAAGGCUGAUAUAUCGAAGUUUAUGAAAACAGAUACCGAUAGUCGACGAUUUAAAGCCGACAAAACUAAGUUAAUACUCAAUAUAAAACUUUUUGUUUUGAUGGGCAUAUCUUGGAUUUUUGAGAUUAUUUCAUAUAUAAUCAAUCAUUACGCACCAGAUUUAAGCUGGCGUGUAGAACUAUUUUAUGCAUUUGAUGUUUUAAAUUGUCUUCGUGGUCUAGUUAUUUUUUUACUUUUUGUACUAAAAAAUAAAGUCUACAUUGCAUUAAUGCAUCGACUUGGACGCCGUAAAAUUAAUGCGCCAAUUAAUCAAAAGGCUGUCAAUCUUAAAGAACCAUACAAAAUGGCAAAAUAUACGAGUUCUAGUACAUUAAUGUCGUCAACUGUUGACCGAAUCAAUGCUCAAACUUAA